GACCCCUCCCUCUCUCGCUCCUCUCCUUUUCCUCUCUGUGCCUCGCUUCGAAGAAAUCUCUUUUCUCGAGGAAAGUCUCUCUUUUUCUGCACAGUGCUUCGGAAUUAGGAUUAGGGUUAGCCUUUGUUUUUUUUUUUGUGUGUGCCCUCGUUUUUGUUCGAUCAAUGCGAAGCGAAUUGAACUGAGGUUCUACUCUCCGAUGUACGGUCCUCAUCCGCAGGCGAUGAACAACGCCAACCAGAUUGGUUCCACCGGCGCCGGUGCUUCUGCCUCAGCCGGGGAAGACGAUGGCUUCGGCUCCGCCGCGACGUCCCGUCACAUUACCUACGACGGAGGUGUCUCCAUGGACGAAAUCCCGCGCCAUGACUCCAUGUAUGUUCACGGCGGUGUCCCCGAACUGGUUCCCCAUGGCUCUGAGUUGGUUCCUCAUCGCUCCGAGAGCUCCGAUUUGAUGGUUUCUCGGCAACCGGAGGGGCCGAAUCAGCUCACACUCUCGUUCCGUGGCCAGGUUUACGUUUUCGACGCUGUUGGACCUGAUAAGGUCGACACAGUCUUGUCGUUACUGGGAGGGUGUCCGGAGCUAUCUCCAGGACCGCAGGGCAUGGAAACACCUCAGCAGAAUUUGCCUGUUCUUGAAUAUCAAAACCAAUGUAGCCUCCCACAAAGGGCACAGUCCUUGGAUAGAUUCCGGAAGAAGAGGGAUGCGAGAUGUUUCGAGAAGAAAGUAAGAUACGGUGUCCGCCAGGAAGUUGCCUUAAGAAUGCCACGUAACAAAGGCCAAUUUUCCUCCUCUAAGAAGCCUGAUAGCACCUAUAGCUCGGGCACGGAUCAAGAAUCUACACAAAACGAUGAUGGCCAUCCAAAUAUUUCGUGUACUCAUUGUGGCAUUAGCUCCAAGUGCACGCCAAUGAUGCGACGCGGCCCAUUAGGCCCCAGGACUCUUUGCAAUGCCUGUGGACUCUUUUGGUCCUACAAGGGUACGAUGAGGGAUCUCUCCAAGAAGUUUGAUGAUAAUCAAUCGCUGAUCGUAAAACAGGGCGAUGGUGAUGCCGAUACUGAUGCUGCUGCUGAUGCUAAUAACUCGAAUGCUGGAGCUGUGAUUCACGGACGCAAAACUUUGGUUUGUGUCGCGGGGGGUGAUAAUUCUAGUUUCUCAGGUGAUCAUUAGAAUUGUAGUUACAUGAAUCUAAUCUAAAAUAUCAAAGAAAAUAGUAUCAUCUUAUAUAUACUUCUUCCCACCAUAUGUAUAGAUAACCAUAUCUGUACAUCAAAUCAGUAUUUUAGAUCA